UGAAAAUACCCUUACAGAUCCAUCAGGCUCCACGCCGGACAAUCCUCGGCAGUUGAUGGUAACAUGGUGUUACCGCGCAGUUGGCGGCCAGAAUGGUUCCCAUGAAAUGGUUCCGACAACUCUUAUUGGCUUACAGAGCCUCUCACUAGGCCUUUUCCUCGGUCAGGUGGCUAGCACUCCGCUGCCUCCGAAACCUUCAAGAGCAACUGUUACGGACGGCACCGCGACACUCGAUCAAGGAACCGUAAAGGGUUUCACAGACGACUAUGGAAACUCUGUUUUCCUAGGCAUUCCGUUCGCGCAGACAACGGGUGGGGAAAACCGAUGGAAAGCCCCUAAGGACGUCAGCAAGCUCAAGAAGGGCGAGGUGCUUGAUGCGACAAAGUAUGGUGCUACAUGUCCACAGGCCAUCACCGGCACAACAUACUCUCAGCAGGAUGAAGAUUGCUUGAACCUCAACAUCUGGGUGCCCUCUUCAAAUGGUAAGUCGCCACGGGCGCCGACAUUCCCUCAAAAGCCAAAUGGACCUCAUCCUCAUCAUCCACCAGGCCCUCCCGCAGGCCCUGCAGGCGGUCCCCCGGGUCCCCCGGGUCCACCAGCUUCUCCACCAGGCUUGGAUACACCGGGUCUUCCGAUUUUUGUGUAUAUGUACGGUGGGGCUAUGGUCACUGGAUCAAGUAGCAAUCCUCAACUGGUUGGUGAGAACUUUGCUCGCAAAGGCGUCAUCUUUGUUAGCUUCAACACUCGUGAGAGUCUUUGGGCCUACCCGAACUCCGCCGAGCUUGCAAACGGCGAAGAGUCGCAGAACUUUGGCAUUCUCGAUGUCGACAAGGCUUUGCAGUGGGUGCAUGACAACAUUGCUCAGUUCGGCGGCAACCCUGAGCACAUCGUCUUUGGAGGUCACUCUUCCGGAUCGGUUCAAGUAGAUCAUUAUCUCUGGAAUCACCCCGACACAUUCCUUAAGGGUGCCGUUCAGAUGGCCGCGAACGCAAAGUCUGGUCCGGCCGUAGGUCCCACCAAUGAGGCGCUUGAUCUCGUUGCCAAGGAGGUUGGCUGCCAGACUGGUGAAGGCCAGCUCGAGUGCCUGCGUAAAGUCGACAUGUACGCCUUCCAAACUGAGGCCUUCAAUGCCACUUUGAACACGUACUUCACACCUGUCGUGGACGAGAAGACGCGCUAUCAAGACUACGCCUCACGUUUCGCUGCUGGCAACUAUGCCUCGCACGUUCCCCUGCUCACGGGUAACUCUGACAAAGAAGGCGCUCUGUUUGGAUUGGUUUAUGGCGGCGAGAACACCGUCUUCUCGGAGUGGCUCAACACUUUUGACGCUGAUGUAGCGGAAAUUCCAAAGGACCUUAUCGAAGCCGCGUACGACAUCGCUGAUUACUCCACUGUCUCCGAAAUGAGCGGUGCGCAGUAUGGUGACGCACGCUUCUUCUGCCCGGUCGACCACUUCAUCGAUGUGCGCAGUGAGGUUCAGGACACUUGGUCAUACCGCUUCUUCGGCAACUACUCCAACCUUCUACCCUUGCCUGUGGCUUACCCAACGCACGGCGCUGAGAUCUCAUUCUUCUUCGGAGGUAAUGGUGCUUUUGCUGGUAUGGAGGGCGUGACUGCCGAACAGCAGGCACUUGCCGAUUUCCAGAACGAUUGGUUCGUCGAAUUCAUCAAGAACCCCGCCGCGGGUCCUGGCUGGGACAAGGCCACCCCUCGCAGCGGACCGAUUGCGAAGCUCGGUGUGCCUGGCAACGAGCUUGCUGUAGAGAUUGGUAACACGGCGGAUUUCAACGCCAGGUGCCAAAGUGUUUACAACCCAUUCCUUCCAAAGUAUCCAGUCAUCCAAAGCGUACUUUCCGGCGUAAUGGACAUGGUAGAGGGUGUCAUCGGAAACUAGAAAUAACGACCCAAAAGAAUGUCAAUCGAACGGCUAUCAUGAUAUCCCACUAGCUUCGAUAGUUAAUCAUAAUCUAAUGCGACGAUCAGUCUCCCCUUUCCUCCGGGAUGUCUUUUCAACCAUGAAAAUCAACCAAUCGCAUCUCUUCUCCAAAAAGGAAACACGUGAUCUGGCUGGAAAACUUGGCUCCCUGUGUUACAGAUCCUUUUGGUCGAUGAAACUCGCAGUGUCGCUGAGGCGCAGAGUAUUUGGCUCAGCGUUGACGGGCAUGACUUGAAGCAAGCUUUGGACACUCCAUACUGAUGGAUUUGUUGGAACCGCAUCAGCAUAUGGCGAGACAUUAAAAAGUCCUGGGUAGAGUAUACGAAUCGUCUCCACCCACAUUACGUUGCUUGAGCUUGGUCGGCGAUGUGGCCUUGGCGAUAUUGGGUCCUAGUGAUUGCGCAGCAUGCGCUCUCGUACACCG